UUUCCACAUAAGGACUACGAUGCAACUGACUUGACAAAUGACAUAAUGUUACUCAAGAUGAGCUCCAAGGCACAUUUCAGCAACACUGUGAAACCCAUUGGUCUCGCAGGUCAAGGUGACGGCUCUCUGCCAAAAUCAUGUAUAGUCUCCGGCUGGGGCACAACAAGCAGCAACACAGGACACAUGUCUCAUAGACUCAUGGAAGCCAAUGUAACACUAAGUGAUGAAGAGCAGUGUGUUACCGAAAACUCAUACUGCUCUCAGGGAGACCGGGUGUGGGAGACGCUGGUGGUCCACUGGUCUAUGAAGAUGGAAAGGCAUACGGGGUAUUGUCCUACACCUCCAGUCCACAUGGAGGUGGCCCAAAAAUGUACAAUUAUGCCAAGAUUCCUGACUAUAGAUACUGGAUCGAUUCAUUCAUGAAAUAUAAUGGAAAGCUCUAAUACAUGUUACAUUCAAUUGACCAAAUCCAAUUUGAAUUUACGGUAGACUACUUCAUUUAAAUUGUAUAACACUGGAGAAUUUCAAAAUUGAUAAUUAAGUUGCUGUUAUCAUUUGCUCCAUAGCAAUGACACUGCUAAAUAUGCUUUGCACAGAUUUAAAAAUUCAAAAUAUACUUUACUUCAAUGUUUCUAAAUCAUAUCAAUGAAAUUUUCUUUAGGCAAGUUGAAUCAAAACAUUGUAAGAAGAUAAAUAUGAUUUGGUCAGUUUAUGUGACAUGUUUUGGCUUUUGCAAAAAUGUUUUGUCAA